AUGCAAGCAGCGUUCCUUAAAUCCUUGGAUAUCCCACUACCAUUUUCAGGCAAUUUUGUGUCUCGAAAACCAGCUCUGUAUCGACGAGAAAAAGUUUGCAGCCCAGUUUUUGCUGUGAAAAAAGAUGCAGGCAAUGAUAAAGGGCAUGAGAGAGGAAGAUUGGUUGAUGAAAAUAUGAUUCUCCUUAGAAUGAGAAUUCAUGACAUGAAGAUGGCCGAGGAAAAUCACGCGCCACCGGCGAAUUGGAUGGAGUGGGAGAAGAGAUGGUACGUGAAUUAUGAUUCAGAUGUGUUUGAAGCAGUAGGGUUGCUGCAGAAUUUGCUUAUGGAUAGCAGUCCAAGUUUGGUUUUGGGUAUGGUGGCUCUCAUGAUAUUGAGUGGAUCAACUUCUUUGGCUCUUCUACUAUUCUAUUUGGUGGACAUUUUGAAGGGGAUGAUUCUCUGA